AUGGAGAGCUUUUCUUCGCUCUUGCUCUACCUCGGCGUUCUCGUCGUACCGGGCUUGCUCUUCUCCUCGUUCCGUCACUUCUCACUAUGGACCGGCCGCAGGGGCGACGACGACAAGGCACGUCAGAAGCGCACUAGGUUUCCUGGCCCCAAACAGUAUCCUAUCGUCGGCCGCGUCCAUGACUUGCCCAGAUUUGGCAUGUGGCUCAAGCUCAAAGAGUGGGCGGACGAAUUCGGACCAAUUUACCAGACGAGCAUGCUUGGCCAGAAGUUUGUCAUCAUUUCAGAUGAGAAGAUGGCGCAAGAGGUUCUGGUCAAAGAUGGGAACAACUUCGCGGGCCGGCCUCAGCUUAGAGCUCUUAUCGACCACAAGCUAGGGCCCACGUAUUCUGCAUUAAUGGAUCGUAACGAAACAUGGAAAUACCAGCGGAAAUGGGUUCACGCUGCCAUGGCAGCCGCGCACCAGCAUCAGUUUUACGGGCACGUCGACAACGAGGUCAAACGGUGGCUAGUGACUCUCCUGCUAGACCCUGAGAAGUUCCAUAACAACACCCGGGAGAUGACAGGCCGCAUAAUGAGCCGUCUUUCUUGGGAUGACUCCACACAGGGGAAAGCCUACGGAGACAGCGCUCUUGAGACACUGACGCGGAUGUCAGUCUCAGGUCCCAUUGUCAACACCAUAACGCCAAUAUGGCAUCUCGCAGACCUUGUCCGGUACAACCCGUGGCGCAGAUUCGAAGUCAACAGAGUCAAUAACCAGCGUGCGUGGUGGCUGCAGUCGUUCCGUCUUGCCAAGGCAAGGUUCCGAAAAGGCGACUUGCCCGUGGACACCUGGGCAUAUAGGUACUUCGAACAAUUAGAAGCCGGAGGAAAUAAGACGUUGGAGCAAGACGGGAAGGAGGAGGACUUUGCCGCCUGCAUGCUUGGAUUCCAGUGUCUGGUGGGGGUGGUGACCAUCUCCGGGCCCUUGCAAUUCUUCCUGAUGUGCAUGGCGCUUCACCCCGAGUGGCUGAAGAAGUGUCAGGAUGAGAUCGACAUGGCCUGUGGCGAUAGGAUGCCAACCCGGGACGACUUUGCCCAGCUACCGACUGUAAGGGCAUGCUUGAAGGAGACUCUUCGGUGGAGAUCUGGAGUCCCCCUCGGGGUUCCUCACCAGUGCGAGAAGGAUUCUGAGUUUCAAGGUGUCCGGAUUGAGAAAGGCACCAUCGUCCUUGCUUGCGAAUGGAACAUCAACCGCGACCCCGAAAAGUACCCCGACUACGACAACUACCGUCCGGAUCGCUACCUCGACCCAAGCUUUCCCACUUACCAGGAGCCCCUGACCCGCUAUCCAAAUUUCCGCGAGGGCGUAGGUAUGCACACGUUCGGAUGGGGCCGCCGGACUUGUCUGGGCCAGACCCUCGUCGACGAUGAAAUGUUCAUCGCGGGAGCGGGAGUGUGCUGGGCGUUCGAUAUGGGACUGAAGAAGUGCCCGGCUACUGGCGAAGACGUGACUUUCGAUACCCAAGCGACGAACUCGAAUGUCAUUCUCGAGCCGUUGCCUUUCCCUAUGCAAUUCAGGAUCAGGAGUCCGGAAAGGGCAAAACAAGUAUUGGAUGAAUACAAUAAGGCUCGGGAAACCUUGCGAGUCUAA